AAUCAUUAAAGCAUUCUCACUCAGCCUCCGGUUGCAGACACGAGAGUGCGUUUUUCACGCGGGUCUUGUGCGUGCAUGUUCCGCUAUAUUAAAAAGCGCGUGUUUUAGAAAUUGAGGCACGUCUACGUUUACCCAGCCACUGAAUCAGGCAGACAGUGUGUAUAACACGGGACUUUAACUCUCUGACGAACACAAUAACAAUGACAGAUGCAACAUGGCAACCCUGGGCAGACAACGUCCUCAUCCAGCCCAAAGGAAAUGCUGUGUUCCACGCCGCCAUAUUUGGCCUUGACGGGGCUCUAUGGGGCAGGAGUUCGAAUGACAAUCGGUGCCCGACCCCCCAGGAAGGUGUCGCCCUGGCUUACGUACUCUCCAGUAACGACAAACGAGAAGCGGCCCUUCAGAACGGAGUUCACUACUGUAACUGUAAAUUUAAUGUGAUAUUUGCGGAGAAUGGUGAGGUUAAAGCAGUGAAGGGAGCGAAGGAACAUUGUCCAGCAGAACUCCUGGUGGUCAAGCGAUGUAAAAUGUGUUUCGUUCUAGCUAUAGGGCACGGAGAAAAGCGAGGAGACGUGGUGGACUCUUUAUUUAAAACAGCCAAUAGUCUCACAGAUAUUGGCUAUUAAGCAACAUUGUUAUAUAAACAUGACGUCAUUAAAAAAGAGUGUAUGAAUGUUUACCACCCUGUCCACAGAACUGUUGAUACACGCGAGGGAUGUUGAGUCAUUUGUGAGCAAUUGCUGCGAUACGUUGUGUAAGGAAUGAUUGACAGGUCGUCGGGAAAUUGACAUCUUCCCGUGUAACAUUGAAUGGCUAGUUAAUAAACAACCGUUGACGAGGCUUUAACUGACAACAACUGUCUGAAGUUGUGCUGUAUAUCGAGGGAGUACAUUUGACGGAAUUGCAAUCGGUGACCAACGCACGUUCAGAAAAGACAAUAAUAUACUUCUUCGUGGAGUUAUAAAUAGAAACAUAAUUUGAACAUAUUUUUAUGUUCCGUUCCAUUUACAUUGAACUAACUUGGGUUGUAGUAUUACUUAACAUGGAACAUGCUUAAACCGCCUUCAUCUACAUAUGUGCGUUAAAUUAUAAUGCCACGUUAUUUUUAUCGUUCUCGUAACUUAUCUAUGGUGCUUAAAUGAUGUUUAUAUGUGCUUGCUAAUAUAUUUUGUCAAAUUAAAAUGAGGUAUUUAUAAUUCAAACAAU